CUGUGGACUGGUAUAUCCAAAGGGUGACUCUCGAGGGGUCUUUGGGCUCAGACACGCCACCCGAGGAAACCAGAGAAUUGGGUCUCUCCGCACUAUUCGAAGCCUACUUCACUGCGCAGCGCCGCCUUCUGGAAACAUUGCAUCCGGCAGUAGUCGCUCACUUUGCUUUGCCGCUCCUCUUCACCCCGUCGACCCGUCUAGCGUCGCAUGCCAAAGCACGCGAAAUGGCAGCGAGUAACAUCGCUUAUGCAGUCUCAUAUGGCGCUUUGUUCGAGCUGUCCUCUGCUCCAUUUAGAAAAGGAUGGGAGGAAGGGUGGCCUGGAGAAGAGACAGUGAAGAUGAUAAUAGAAAGGGGAGGAAAGUUUUGCUUGAGUGAUGACGCUCAUAACCCAGGACAAGUUGGGCUCAAUUAUCAUAGGCUCAAGGCAUGGGCCAGCAAGAUGGGCGUCAGGGAGGACAUGGUAUGGAGGCUGAGAAGGAAAGAUGGUGGUGGUGUGGAAAUCAAAUGUGAUUCAUUUCAAUUCACGUUUAUUCUGCUUGGGACCCAGAAGUUGCGUAUAUUACUGGUGCGUUCAGAGACCGGGAGUUUGGUUCGUAAAGAUGGGCGUGUAGACAUUUUAAUCACGACAAUGAUGCUGUUACGCGCUUCCGUGGACGCGUUCGCAAUGGGUGGUGGUCCAAGUUUCGACGACUCGACCAUGUCGGCCAAAUACGCAAACCUUCCAGAUAUUGAUACGGCGCCAGAUGUUUAUGAAACUGAGGACGUCGAACCAACUUCACAGGCCAAGACUACGAACUCAUCGGACGAGGACGAUGCAAAGGGCGACGCUGAGAAACCCAGCAUAGAGGAACUGGACCCAAGUAGUCUUCUAUCAGCAAAGGACGCCCGGAAGCAGUUCAGGAAAGCUGAGAAGCGCAAAGCAAGAUCGGUCUACACGUAUCCACCAGCCACAGACGAGUCUUCCGACUCUGAUGCCCCUCCCACACUACGGUCGCGGAAUAAACAAUCGUCACAAUUCGAACGUUUACUAGCCCUCAAGCAAGAGCUGGCAUCUCUCGAAGCCGAACUAGCCCAAUCAUCAUCGUCCACAUCAAUCGCACCUCCUGGAACAGAUGCGACCACCAGUCCAACGACUCCCAAGGCCCAAAGCAAGAAGAGGGCUGUGUCGGGGACUGGUCCAGAAAAAGAUGCAGAUAAUGCCGGAGACCUAUUGAAAGGUGUUCACGAUGUCAGAUCACGUCUGGAACGAAUCAGCGCUGCGAAAGAUGGAAGAGGUCGGUUAGUGGACGCGGUUGUAGGGGGAGGUACUACGAGUAGACCAACGUCUGGUCACUCCCAUGUCCAUGGACACGGCGCAAUACUUGGAACACCAUUAUCGCCUACCCAUCUUCCAGGCUCCCCUGGUCUGCAUCGACGUGACGGGAGCAUGCACCGUAGAGAAGGCAGCCUUGGCGGAAGUCAAAACGCCACCGGAAAUGCAAAGGACGAAUUUACUGAUCCGGCUGUCUCCAAGCUCGAUGCAAGAGUGGGCGAGCUGGAAAAAGUGGUAGGUAGCAGUGGUGCUGCUCUCGACGAGUCGUCUCCCCUACCUCCACCACUUCUACCUAUGAUCACAAGACUUAACACACAACUUACGAUACUCACACAACCAAGAACCAUUGAUUCAAUCUCCAGAAGGCUAAAGCUGCUGCUGACGGACCUUGACCGUGUAGCGGCGCAGAGUGCCACUGCUGGUGCAUCCACACAGGGGACUGGUACUGCUCAAAGCCGGGGUACAGGUGCGACUAGUGGCACAGCUUCAAACCCGGGUGCAGGUUCUACUGGCACAAGCCAAUCGAGCACAAUUCAGGAGCAACUAACACCCAUUCUACAACGAUUAGCGCCGCAUUUACCAACAUUACCGCAUAUAUUAGCCAGAUUACGAACUCUUUCAAGCCUUCAUGCAGCCGCUGCCGAUUUCCAAAGAAGUAUGGAGCAACUCGAAGCACAGCAAAAGAGAAAUCGUUCAUCCAUAGAUGAGCUAGAGCUAGCUAUCAAAACGCUAGAGACGAGCAUACAAAACAACGGAGAAGUCGAAAAGAACAAUGUCACGAAGCUGGAAGAGAACAUUCAAAAACUUUUGCAACGUCUAGAAGCAGUGGGAGGAUAG